GAGUCGGGAGGGAGCCUAUCUUGCGCAGACUGGGUACUGUACAUGGCCAUUGAUGCUGCUGGAUAGAUGUAGCCCCUGAUGUAAAUAAGAAUGGCGAGGGCAGCGGGUCUAACAUGCCGCGUUAUCUCUGCUUGACAUCGGAACAUUUUUAUGCCACCAUCGGGAUUUUUUUUUUAUAUCAACGCGGGGGCCUUUUCUCGUUUUCAUCUGAAUCUGCCUUGACAGCUCGCCUGAUGAUUUUCAUUUGACACAAGAGCCAAAGCAGACGGGCGGCUUCUUCUAAUAAACACUCGGGAAAAACAGGUCAUUAUGACCUUAGUAUCCUCCAGUAAAAGAAAACCAUCGGAUUGUUUUUACGCGGCAGCAUUCUGCUUGCAUUUUUUGCUUUGGAUUUCGUGUGCUGUGUCCGGAGAGGAGGAUCAUCAGUUCAGCGUUGAGGGAUGGCUACAGAUGUAUGGCUACCUUCCCCGCACAGAACCGGGAAUGUCUGUCCUGCGCUCGGCCCACACCAUGCGCUCAGCCAUUGCUGCCAUGCAGCGCGUCUACGGUCUCAAUGUCACAGGGACACUGGAUGAGAAGACCAAGGAUUGGAUGCAAAAGCCUCGCUGUGGAGUUCCAGACAAAUUUAAAAGUGCCGCGAGGUCACGGAAGCGGAGAUACGCGCUGACAGGACAGAAGUGGCAGCGUACUCACAUCACCUACAGCAUAAAAAAUGUCACACCAAAGGUGGGCCCCCGGGAGACUCACGAUGCCAUCCGGCGGGCGUUUGACGUGUGGCAGGGUGUGACUCCCCUACGCUUUGAAGCCGUUCCAUACAGUGCACUGGAGACUGGCAGGCGUGACGUGGACAUCACCAUCAUCUUCGCUUCGGGUUUUCACGGUGACAGCUCACCCUUCGACGGGGAGGGGGGAUUCCUUGCCCACGCCUAUUUCCCGGGACCAGGCAUAGGAGGGGACACACACUUUGACUCAGAUGAGCCCUGGACCCUGGGGAACCCCAACCAUGAUGGUAACGACUUGUUUUUGGUUGCGGUGCAUGAGCUGGGCCACGCCCUCGGUCUGGAACACUCUAACGACCCCACCGCCAUCAUGGCUCCUUUCUACCAGUACAUGGACACAGAGAACUUCAAACUACCUCACGAUGACCUACAGGGCAUCCAGAAAAUCUAUGGUCCACCAGAUAGAGCACCGCAGCCUACCAGGCCUCCACCUACUGUCCCGCCUCCCCGCUUCCACCCUCCCUCAGACCCCCGUAAGCAUGACCGCCAUGCUAGACCCCAUCGCCCUCCGCAGGGGGCCAAGCCCUCCAACCCCAACUCCAAACCCAACAUCUGUGAUGGGGGCUUCAAUACUCUGGCCAUCCUCCGGCAGGAGCUUUUUGUGUUCAAGGACCAGUGGUUUUGGAGGGUACGGGACAACUCAGUCGUCCCUGGCUACCCCAUGCAGAUCAACUACUUCUGGAAAGGCUUGCCUCCCAAAAUUGAUGCCGUGUAUGAAAACAGCGAGGGGAAGUUUGUCUUUUUCAAAGGUAAUAAAUAUGAGAGUUUUUCCAUUUCUAUAUUAUAUUUUUUUUUCUACAUAUUAAAGGUCACCAGUGAGGUUUUUGACCACUAGUAGUGCUAUAGAGCAAAAUUUUGUAUGAAUGGGCCCCUGUUUUGCAGGGCUGUAGCCCUUAAGUCUGGUCUCUGGACCACUCAGGUGUCUUGCACUUGUUUCUGUGUGGGCUGCUGUAGGUACUGGAGGUAUAACGAGGACAUGAGGACCAUGGAUCCAGGCUAUCCCAAACCCAUCAGCAUCUGGAAGGGCAUUCCUGACUCUCCACAGGGGGCUUUUGUGGAUAAGGCCAACGGCUUUACCUACUUCUACAAGGGAAAGGAGUACUGGAAGUUCAACAACCAGAUGCUUCGUGUGGAGCCCAGCUACCCGAGGUCCAUCCUGAGGGACUUCAUGGGCUGCGAUGGUCUACCUGCCCCAGACCCUGACUGGGGCUGGAACCCGCCAGUGGCAGAGGAACACAACAACUACGACGCCGGCGACGUGGACGUUGUCAUCAAACUGGACAGCGCAGGGGGCACGGAGAAAGCAGUUGCCAUCGCUAUUCCCUGUGUCCUGGCUCUGUGCAUGAUGGUCCUCCUCUACACUGUUUUCCAGUUCAGGAGGAAGAGCACACAGCGCCACAUACUGUACUGCAAGCGCUCCAUGCAGGAGUGGGUCUGAGGGACUGUUACGGCUCUGUAUAGAGAGGGGUGUGAAGCUCUGAUAGAGGUCUAGUUAUUACUUGAAGCCCUAAGUACAGUAAUUGGAAGCACUGUAAAGGGUACAGUACAUAAGGAUUGCCAUGUUGGCAGAUUUUAAAACGGCUUGAACUCGUAACAAGCUGAGAGGAAGCAAAACGAUCAGCAGAACUCGACAGUGAGAGAGCCACAUCUCCUGUGUCCAACUAAUAUGUAUGUAUCUGCUUUGACUUUUUUCUGUAUCUUGGAAUGAACUCAAUUAAGGGAGACAGAGUUAAGCUACUGUAAGUGGGACCUUUGUCUAUCCUCGUCUCUGCACGCCGCUUAAAAAGCCCCUAGCACUAACUUCAGUGGACAAAUUAGAUAUAGGCUUCUACUUUACUUUCAUUUCUUAAUUAAAUCGCUCUGAGCUGUGCUUUUUUUUUUUUCAUCUAGGGUCCCUGUAAAAGAUUAUUCAUUGUGUGGAGGACUGAUACACAAACCAAAUAUGACCUUUUCUUCCAAAGAGGAUUACUACUCGAUGUUGUUUUUGAUGGGAUAUUUUCCCUCCAUGGAUCGAACAUUGUGGCAUCAUACUCGAGAUUUUCUUUUGCCGUUGGUAUUCACGUCCACCCAUCUGCUCUGUAAUCUGUGGGGAGAGGAAGCAGCCGUUAGUAAGAGCUGGGAACUCAAGACUGUUGUGGCAGUGUUUCUCCAAAAACGGGGGCCAAAAACCUCUCUGCAAUAUUUAUGAGACUGCCUUAAUCACAGAUUGCUUAAACUCCCUUCUCUCUCUCUCCGUUUCUCUGGUGUGGAUACUGAGUGACACAGUAGGAGUACAAACAGUGUAAAAAGGCAUUCAUUACUGCCCAUAAUGCAACUUCAAAACCACUAGUUAAGGACAGUUUGAUCCACAGUGGGUUCAUUGCUCUUGAAAAUGUGCUAAGCAGUGCUAAAUAGCUGACAGCAAGCAGGCUAUCAGCUUUCAUUUACUGCCUCACCGGAGGGGAUGAGAGAGAAAGGGAAGGUUAGUUGUGCGUGUGUGUGUGUGCGUGUGUGUGUGUGCACGUGUGUGCGAAAGCGACAGUAAUUACCCACACUAUAUAUGUACUGUACUGCACUGUAGUGUCAGUUAUUGAACAGCUAACAUCCCGCUUCCCUGUUUUUUCCUGCCAAGUUUGGACACUAAUACUCCAAACAGUGUCAGUCCAUGUGUUUUAAACAGCUUCACUAAUCCAUUUCUCAUUGUUUUCUUUUCAACUUUUGUACAAGGUCUGUAAGUUUACAUACUAUUUCACACAGCAGAGGACACAGAGAGUGUUUUGGGAAAGAAAGAGAAGGGAGGGAAAUGAGACCCCGUCUAUAUGUAUACAGAUAUUUUUGAAAACAGAUAUUUUACUCUAUGUUUUGGCCUCUCGUCCAUGCAAACAGAUUUUCAGGUCACUAAAAUGGAGAUUUUUAAAACGUCCUCUAAGGUGCAGAUUUUUUAACACUGGUACUAUGUGUGGACGUGUAAAAUGGAGCAUUUGGUAAUGACAUAAUUGCGCUUUGUGUAAUGAGCAUACGCUAGAGGCAACAACAAUGGCAGACUACUAGUUUGCUAAUGUUUUUUAGCACUGCUUGAUCUAAUAAGUUUUGCUCCACCUCAGCGUCCACCGCUUUGGAUCAAACCAGUAGAUGGUGGGACACGUUUAAGAGUGGGGUUGUUGUCAGAAAGACUUAAGCAUGUCGAGAGCAUCACGCAUAUGCCUGAGUGAGCUUCUUCAUCCCGUAUCAAACUGAAAUCAGUGUUGAUGAGAUCUGUGAUAGGUGUUUUGAAAAAGGUUACAUCAUGACAGCUAAUAGCAGCUAGCAUUUAGGAUCGUUCUUGCGUUCUAGUUUGGAUGAGACAUUUUUGAAAACGAAGGUCUGUAUCUGUAUCUGUAUAUCUGUACACAUCUAGACAGGGCCUGAGACGCAUAUGGUAUUUCUCAUUUUAAAUAAAAGUCAUCUCUACAUCUCUACUCAUUACAGGCACAUCAGCCUCUCAUUAGUGGCCAGUGCUGAUUGCAUUUACAUCCUAUCAUUAAGUCACUGCAAAUAGAUUUUGAGGAAAUGCAAAACAGAACAAUUGUUAUAAAGAAGAAAAACAUAUCUAAACAACAACAGCAAUUAAUCCACAAAAAAUAAAGUCACUUACUGUUGUAAUGAUAAGGGAAAAAGUAAACUGGUUCAGCCUGUGUGUUCAGUAAUGGAGCCAGGUUGUUUUUAUGCACUGUAAUUGUAGUCAUCCAUUAUUCAGAAACUAUACUAAUGUUACAUUAACAAUUUACUAAUAAAUGUUUAUAGGACGACUCUAACAUUGGAAUUAACAUAUCGGAAAAACCUAAACCUAGCAAAAGUAAGUCUGGCGGCAGACGUUUCACAUAUAUAUCUUGAUCUAUGAUGUUGCAUAUAUCGAUGAUAUCAUACAUAAACCAUAAUGUGUUUCAAAGAUCUUAAUCAGCUGACUGUGAGACACGAUUAAGGGAAACAAACAAGGGCAUAGGGUUCAUUACAACAUUGUGGGGGGCAUAUAUGUAACAGGGGGUUAGGGCUCCUCCCUCAGGAAAUUUGGAGCAUCAAUUAACAGUUGUUUAUUUUAUUUUCUGCAAUCUGGUGGAUUUUUCUGCACAAUUUGCAUGCACAUGUUCUAAAUAUUGACAGGGACGUGUCCCCUGCGUCCUCCCCUGAAAUCCACACCUAUAGAUACAAAGGCAGACUCUCUCUGAGCUGUGGCGGAGCUAAACUGAGGAGGAGUGUUUUCCUGCUUCUCCCAUAUGUUGUACAAUAAAUGCAAUACACAGCCUGGGUCCUAAUUAAACAUGUCGUCACGCAGUCUGCCUUCGAUCGCUGCCAUACAUGUAACAGUGUGGCCAUGUGGUGUUUCUCAGUUUGCCAUACGACCUGUCUGUGAGCAUUCAUCAUGUGUUUUUUUUUUUUUUUUUUUUUUAAUGUAUUUGUGCUCCUUGAUUUUGUUACUCUUUUACUUGAAAUGAUCGUCACCAUCAACUGUACAGGAUAUCUGACAUAAUCUUCCGUUGAUAUCAAGACAGUGCUGUUUCAUGCCAUAUCACAGAUACUAUCUAUGAAGGGUAAGUGAGUUGGAACAAUGACUGAUGAGAUGUGGUUUUAUCUUGUCAUCAUUUGGAAGGGAUAUAAAUUUAAAAACCUACAUAAGGGCAAUGCAUGCCGUUGUUAAAACUAAGAUGUCAUUCUUUCACGCAUCAUUCAGACACCCUUGUACUCUUCAGCCUCUCCUGUUAAAUUGAAGUGAUUGACUGAUGAGCGUUGUAGGUUCCUGUUGGAUGUCAUCUUUUAUAAACCAUGUGAAAUGACUAGCUUCCAGCCUCGGUCCUUCCCUGUUACAAUCUUCAGGCGAUUGUCAAACUGGUGAAAGAAAAUGUUCACAUUUUAAAGGCAGGAACAUCUUCAAAGCAGUGCUGAAUUGCAGCAGUGCACAUCCUUCCAUGUUGAUCCACAAUCACUGUAAUUUAAGGUGGAAGCAAAAGCCUUUGGUUCAGUGUUGUGUGUGAUGUCUUAUCAGUGUGUGUUUGUGGUGAGGGUCUGACAGCUCCAGUGAGAGUGAGUUAAAGACGGCCAGUGAGGCGAGUUGGUACUGUAUUUAUUGCUGUAUUUAUUCCUCUGUGCUCAGCACCUCAAAUCUUGCGUUGCAUUGUACUGAGGGCAAGAAGCUGUCAAUAAAGUGGGUCUGAAAUGCUAUUUUUUUUCCUAGUCAGAGUCAAGUUAUCCUCCUCCUUUUGUUACUCUCUUAACAACAAACAUCUGGUGUGAAUGCUUUUCCAUCUUUCAGAGGUAAAUCACAAUCUUGAAAAGGUCACAUAUUAAAAAUGCUCUUUUUUGACUCUUAAAUCACUUGAAAUGUGUGACAUUUUAAAGCGUAAGCAGGAAGUCUCAAUGCUCCGACCUGACCCUGUUUAUCUCCAGACUCCAGAGCUUUUUUUUUUUUUUUGUCUGCCUUCACACACGCUGCUAAGCAUUAGGGCUAAUUUGGAGUGUCGUUAAAAGGAAGUAGAUGGGGCCGAUUAGACAGCGGUCGAUACGCUAGAGAGGCAAGGGUGCGGAGGAGACGGGGAGCAAUUUGCAAUCAGUGCAGUCAAGAUCUCAUACACAGAUACAUGCAGUAUAUACUUCGAGGCAUAGUGUAUGAGAAGUAAACAUAUUGCAUAAUAUGUACAUAAAGACUGAGUGUAUAUUGUCUGCUUGGGAGAAUUUUGUUUUUAAGCCAUUCAUUCCAUGGAUAAAGAAAAUGCUGUGUGUUGUAAAUAAAAUAAGUGCAUAACGA